AGAACUGCCACGUGAGUGAGGCGUCCUCGACCUGCAUCGUCCAUGCAUGUUACACCGUCCUCGGCCUCUUGCAUUGGUCCUCUGACUUCGUAACUUUUCUCCUGUACGUCUCAUUCUUUUCUUGUCCUCUUUUCUCUCAUCUUCAUCUACCAGAAUCUUCAAUCUAUCUUGUCCCAUUCGAUCCAGUAACAGCCAAAAUGACUGAAACUUUCAUCAGUCAAGCCGACGGCAACGAGGUUUUUCAAGCUCAAUAUAUUCCUAAGCAGAAAGGUCCUCCUUCUUCCGAUGACCCCAGCAUGAAAGCAUUCAUAUCGACCUACCCAUCCUUGGGUCAGGUGACACAGAUUGAGAAGAACACCAGCGUGUUCACGGCUUUGCUGGAGGUCGAUGAGAGUCGAGCGUCAGAUCCAUGGCACAUAUCCCUUUGGCACUCUGAUGGUGGGGAAUGGAGAGAGGUUCCAAUGGAUCCAGUUCUGGGCGAGCAUGGCCGCCCCACCGACCUUCAAGCCUCCAAUUCCAGUCUUACUCGUUUAUAUUUUACGACCCCACUUGCAAUUCACCUCCCAACGAACUUCACUGUCAAGUUCCGGAAUAGCUCCGACCAGCCAUGGAAGUGGGUAAAAGAUCACCAAGGCACACAGGAUGGAGUAGUAUUAUUGAAGACUGUGACGAGUCAGCAGGCCAUAUCGAGUGAGUUGGGGGACUACGUUCAAGGACUCAAUCCAGCAUUGAAGUCAAAGAACUAUCGAAGUCAAUCACCUGGAACGACUCUCUGGUCUGUAGAAGCUCCGAUCGAAGCUGCACAUGGAGCGAAGUCGACGUUUAAGGAUGUCAAAUUCGGUCUGCCAUGGGGUGCUGGGAAGUUCUCAAGGUGGUUUGCUCUGAUUCGGAUAUGGUCUCCGUGGCUGGCCCCGCGACAAGGCAAAGACCAUUUCGGACUAGAUAAAGAGGCCGUUAUGUGCUCUUUUCUGAGUACGGGAGGUAAGCACUUAGUGCUACUUGCUAUCAGUGGCGUAGACGAUAUUAUGACCAUGUUCACUAGCGACAGUGAGGGUAAUGUUGUUAUUCGCAUUCGCAACGAUAGCGACAAAGAUGGAACCGCCAAGGUCCUGGUUGGUCUUGGAGAUGACUUCGAAUCCGCAAAUGCUGCCGUAAUGUACCACGCCAGAGGCAUAGUCGCAAUGGCAGAAACUGCUAGCGGGGAGCAACAGAAGGAAAUGGCAGCUUUGAAAGAAGGCAAUGAGUUUACCAAAGUAUGGGCUGAGAAUUGGUAUGAUGGGUUGACAUAUUGCACCUGGAAUGCUCUGGGACAACGACUUACCGAAGAGAAAGUUUUGAAAGCAGUCACAACUUUAGCUGAAAACAAGAUUAAUAUCACGAAUUUCAUUAUCGAUGACAAUUGGCAAUCCAUCGACUACCGUGGCCAUGGUCAAUUUCAACAUGGCUGGGUUGAAUUUGAAGCGGAAAGGGAAGCGUUUCCAAAAGGAUUGAAGCACUUGGUCAAUCUCAUUAGAGAAAAGCAUCCGAGUAUUCAACACAUUGCUGUUUGGCACGCUUUGCUUGGAUACUGGGGAGGUCUUUCUCCGGACGGCAAACUUGCCAAGACAUACAAAACAGUCGAGGUCAUCAGAGAGGACGCCGAACGUAGAAACCUACCGCUCGGAGGCAAAAUGACGGUUGUUGCGAAAGAGGACGUUUUCAAGUUCUACGACGACUUCUAUCGCUUCUUGUCAUCUUGCGGCAUUGAUGCUGUUAAGACGGACGCUCAAUUUAUGACUGAUACCUUCGUAUCCGCAGAAGCUCGACGAGAGCUCAUUCCUGCUUAUCUUGAUGCCUGGACUGUCUCUACACUUCGACAUUUCAGUGUGAAAGCUAUCUCUUGCAUGUCGCAGACACCACAAAUUCUUUUCCAUUCUCAGAUGCCACAAAACAGAUCACCAUAUCUAGUCCGGAAUUCGGAUGAUUUCUUCCCCGAGAUUCCAACUAGUCAUCCUUGGCACGUCUUUGUCAAUGCUCAUAAUGCUCUCUUCACCCAACACUUGAACCUGAUCCCAGAUUGGGACAUGUUUCAGACAGUUCACGAUUACUCGGGCUUUCAUGCAGCAGCCCGAUGUGUCAGCGGAGGACCAAUCUACAUCACUGAUGUACCAGGCCAGCAUGACCUUGAUCUCAUCAACCAGAUGACAGGACCUACACCUCGCGGAAAGACGGUGAUUUUCAGACCCGAUGUUGUCGGAAAAAGCUUAGACCAGUACAAUGGCUACGAUGAUGAUCAUUUGCUGCUCGUCGGUACGUAUCAUGGCUCAGCAGUAACGGGAACUGGUAUUGUGGGUAUUUUCAAUGUCUCUCAGCGCCCACUUACGGAGCUCAUCCCACUCUCUAAGUUUCCUGGCGUGGUGGAAGCGCAGUACUAUGUCGUGCGAGCUCACUCUAGUGGGCUUGUAUCGAAACCAAUGCAAGUCGUUGAUCGCAACGCACUUACUCCCAUUUCGCUUGGUAUUCGCGGGUACGAAAUCCUUUCCUCGUACCCUCUACGAGGAUUUGUGGACAAGAAGGAAGAGACAACGUGGAUUGCAGCUCUUGGAUUGCUCGGAAAGAUGGCUGGUGCUGCUGCUAUCACAAAUAGUAGGAUGACAAAGCUGGAAAAUGGGAGAAUCCUUGUGGAUACUAACGUGAAAGCUUUGGGAACACUAGGCCUUUACAUUUCUACCCUUCCAACUAUCUCCUUCAAAGACGACAUGAUGAUCACGAUACAAGGAAAAGUUAUUCCAGUGCAUACAGUGCAGACUAGUAAGGUCGAUCCACACGUCCUCGAAAUUGACGUAGCAGCUGCUUGGAAGGAGUUAAAUCUUGAUGCUGGAUGGAGCAACGAGGUUGAGGUUAAGACCUUUAUCAAUUCAUCUUAACUGUGCUUUGGCGUUGAAAAAAGGACUUUUCGCUCACACAAAACUCCGGUACAGCCGUGC